GCGCGUCCACAGUUCCCUGUGUCAUCCCCGCUAGCUGCUAACGACGAGGGACUUUGUCUGCCGAGGAGAAGAAACCCCUCUCGAUCCGUGUGUCUGCUCAUCUACCGAGAACAACAUGCCGCUGGAGAACCUGGAGGAGGAGGGCUUGCCCAAGAACCCGGACCUGCGGAUAGCGCAGCUGAAGUUCCUGCUGACGAUGGAGGGACACCGGCGGGACGCGGCCGUGAAGACGGAGCUGAUGGACGCCAUCAGGGCCAACCACAUGGCCCCGUACUACGAGACCCUGUGUAAGGACCUGAAAUGGCAGCUGGACAGUGAGCUUCUAAAUAAAAUGAAGAAGGCCAACGAGGAAGAGCUGAAGCGCCUGGAUGACGUGCUGGAGGAUGCAGAGAAGAGCCUGGGCGAGAGCGAGAUACGGGACGCUAUGAUGGCUAAAGCGGAGUAUCUCAUCAGGAUUGGAGAUAAGGAGGGCGCUCUGACAGCUUUCAGGAAGACGUACGAUAAGACGGUGGCUCUUGGUCACAGAUUAGACAUCGUCUUCUACCUCCUGAGGAUCGGCCUCUUCUACAUGGAUAGUGACCUUAUCACCCGUAAUUCGGAGAAAGCCAAGAGCCUGAUCGAGGAGGGCGGAGACUGGGACAGAAGGAACCGUCUAAAGGUGUACCAGGGCCUGUACUGCGUGGCCAUCAGGGACUUCAAGCAGGCUGCCGAGCUCUUCCUUGACACAGUAUCCACCUUCACCUCCUACGAACUCAUGGACUACAAGACCUUUGUUACUUACACCGUCUAUGUCUGCAUGAUUGCCCUGAAGAGGCCUGACCUCCGUGAAAAGGUGAUAAAGGGAGCAGAGAUCUUGGAGGUGCUUCACAGCUUGCCUGCUGUCCGCCAGUAUCUUUUUUCACUCUAUGAAUGCCGCUACUCAGUCUUCUUUCAGUCUCUGGCCACAGUGGAGCAGGAGAUGAAGAAGGACUGGCUCUUUGCUCCUCACUACCGUUACUACGUGAGGGAGAUGAGGAUCCAGGCCUACAGCCAGCUGCUGGAGUCCUACCGCUCCCUCACCCUGGGAUACAUGGCCGAGGCCUUUGGUGUCAGCACCGAGUUCAUUGACCAGGAACUGUCCCGGUUCAUAGCUGCUGGCCGUCUUCACUGUAAAAUCGAUAAAGUUAAUGAGAUUGUUGAAACCAAUAGACCUGAUAGCAAAAACUGGCAGUACCAGGAAACCAUCAAGAAGGGGGACCUGCUACUCAACAGAGUCCAGAAGUUGUCUCGAGUUAUUAACAUGUAACCAUUGUAGUCUUAACUUACAGUGAGGGAGACGCAUUAUUUUCUUGGUAUACCAAACCUGUUUUUUUCUUUUUGUCUGACAAAGUGACUCUUAUAUUGUGUAUAUAAAUAAAAUGUGUUUACCUGAUAA